AGGAAAAAUAUAUCGUUUCGAAUACUAUAUUUAGAUGUAAAAUUGAACGCUUUUUCGAUUUAAUUGGCGCAAGUCACUUUGUUGUAGGAUCAACCUUUUUUUAAUAAAUAAAGAAAAAUAAAUUUUGCACGUUGUUUUCGCAUAGAACCCGUUGAUCUAGGAAGCUGCAAAUUUCAGAAUCGUCUUCUUCGACCUCGAUUUACCUAUAAUGUGACCAAAAUGCAGCCAUUUCUAUCGCAUGCCUCCAAGCUAUUUUUAAUCGACUCAUACAGUCAUACCUCUUCGUAUUAGGAAUCGUUCUCAAGAUGAAUCAACCCUUGCAAACAAAUUUUCCAUCCGAAUCGGAGUAUGCAGCUCCGCUAUAUAAUAUUGAAUCAACGUAAAAAGUGCAUACAGCGUUCGAUUCUUCGAUAUUCUUGGCAACAGCGUCUUUAAAAAUAGACAUCGCGACGUCUCGAGACGAUACGAUGCUGAUACUCUACUACCCGUCGACUCUCAGUCGCACUGCAUAACCUAGAAGAUCCGCGGGAGUUCCCACAUUGUCGUGUCGGAGAGUCGAGAGUUACGCUCGGUACAAGUGAUCUGCAAAUGCGGAGAACUCGGAAAAGGCAAAUCUUCCUAGGCUCGCUGAAGAUACCCUCCUCCUCGCUCGAUCGUCCCGCUGUAGGAUGGUCUUGCGGCUCUCUGUACUCCGGCAGCUCGCGAAGAACUCGGCCGGUAGCCUCAAGGUCAAACACUACAAUGCGGAUGAGGGCGGAAAAAGAUUCUACGUGAAUCUGCCUCGGCUCACGCCUCAGGAGGUGACCGAUAUACUGCAAGCCAAUGAAUUUACCAAAGAAUUUACUGGUCCAAACUCGGUGAAAAGUUACGACUCUAAUCAGCUAGCUUCCAACAAUCCCAUAGAAGACACUAGGUCCGAAGCAAGAUGCUUAUUGACGAAUGGGUUCUUGAUGGGUGUGUUCGAUGGGCAUGGAGGCAGUGCCUGUGCUCAAGUAAUCUCAAAGCGCCUUUUGUACUAUAUCUCAGCUUGUUUGCUACCUCCAAAUAUUCUGCAGACAUUCUUGGAGUCGAGUGCUCCGGAAAAGACUGCCCAGUUACUGGAAACUUUCAAUGACAAAGCCAAGCUAAUUGACGAAAUAAAUAAAAUUUACCAAGCUAGCUUCAUUGAUUUUUUGAAGGACUUGGCAGAGAACAGUACACAAAAGGAAUUUGUUAUGGAAGCUGCCAUAGAAAAUGCUUUCCUGAGGCUUGACAAUGACAUUUCGACUGAAGCUUUGAAUGCUAAAGGCAAAAAUGUAGCAAGAACUCUCUCUGUGGCAGUGUCAGGUGCUGUUGCUGCAGUCGCACAUAUUGAUGGGCCUCACUUGCAUGUUGCUAAUGUAGGCGAUUGCCAAGUAGUUUUAGGUGUACUCUCAGAGAGUGAUGGAUGGUCUGCUAAAAUGAUGUCAAUAGAGCACAAUACUGAUAAUCGUGCUGAAGUUGAGAGAAUUUACUCGGAGCAUCCACCCAAUGAGAAAUCAACUGUUAUAAAAAUGGAGCGUCUUUUGGGUCAAUUAGCGCCACUUCGAUCAAUGGGAGAUUUUCGAUAUAAGUGGAGUCAUGAACUUAUGCAAAAGAUGGUAGCACCACUGUAUGGUGAAAGUGCAAUACCUCCAAACUACUUUACUCCACCAUACCUGACUGCUAAACCAGAAGUUAAAUAUCACAGACUGACACCCAAAGAUAAAUUUUUAAUUAUAGCUUCUGAUGGUCUUUGGGAUUUAAUUUCUCCACUGGAAGCUGUACGAUUAGUGGGUGAACAUAUGAGUGGCAAAGUAACUCUAAGUCCAUUAAGACUACCUCGAAAAAAUAUGAAACUUUCAGAGAUCAACGAAAUGCUUCUGCAAAGGAAAGAAGGAUUAAAAAAGAAACCACUUGAUGGUAAUGCAGCUACUCACCUAAUGAGAAAUGCGUUAGGUGGAACAGAAUACGGAAUAGAUCAUGCGAAAAUUUCGAAAAUGUUAACAUUACCAAGUGAAGUAGUACGAUUGUUCAGAGAUGACAUCACAGUCACUGUGGUAUAUAUGGAUUCAGAGUUUCUCAGACACUGUCCAUAAAAAAUGGUUGCUAUACUUUUUUACUGUAUUGAUAAUGAUUAAAAAUGAGGUUUCUAUUGUCUCCAAAAGCCGUGAAACAGAUUACGGUGUAGAGCUUGUUAUUUAUUUAAUUAACAAUAAAAAUAAUUUACACAAGAA